AUUAAUAUCUUCUUUACUUUUUACUUCCGCCCUGAGCUGGGUAAAUGCAAUUACAUUAGUUACAGUAGUUGAUACACAAAUGUCACGCGAGUAGACGCAUUCUUAAGUAGCUGUACUAUUAUCCAUAUUUUCUUCGAUCCACCGUGUGCUUUAAUUGGUUAAAUUGAUACAAUAGUGUCUGUGAGUGGUUAAACUAUCCGAGUGUGCCGAUAUCAUAGCAACUUUAAGUCACCUGCGAACGUAGUGCGGAUUUAAAAUCUUAAAAACUUGGUGCAUUCUAGAUUGUUUAAUUUUGCUUUGUUGUUGCAUGUCAAAAAUUUCAACAAGAAAAACUACACGUAAGUCUUCCCCUUCACCUAAGACUCCUUCAGUGCUGCAGAGAAGCCUCAGAGCGCUGAGAGUACCAAUCUACCUCUUAAUGUAUGGUUCGAAAAAUUAGAUGCUCACCUCGAAUCUCAUAAGCAAAGUAUAGUCGAACGGCUAAUAAUACGUAUGAGGCAAUCUGAAGAGCGUGUCUUGGAGAGGAUUGGUGAGAUAACAACGGAAAUUGCAAAUUUAAAAAGAUCGCUUAAAGACGUUAAUGAGCGUAUGAAAAAAAACGAGAUGGAGUGUGAAAAGCUUCGCAAUGACGUACAUGCUUUGACUGAACAAAUGAGCGAGCAUGAGAAUAACCUCAUAUCUUCGGAUGUCAUCAUCAGUGGCCUGCCAACAACAAAAGAAGAGAACAUAACGAACAGCUUCUAUCAGCUUUGUCAAAUGCUUGCAGUAAAUUGCGCCCGGUACGUUCUGCCUUAUUAUAAUGGAAGCCUGGGUUAUAAUGGAAGUAACGGAACGGAGUGAACUGUCACUUAAUUAUCUAUUGUAUGUGUAAUGCAUGCAAAUAGAUAUAAUGAACGCGGCGGAACGGUAUGCAUCGCAAAGAUCUGUCGAUUUUAGAUUCUUCCGCCUUCUUACGACAAUUUGACAGUUGUUUGUUGACAAAAACGAUAGGCGCCUAAAUUAAAUUGAAUUUACGAACUUAAAAAAACUAAGAAAAAUGACCGAUUUUGAUGAGUUAUUGAUUGAUGCGGUACGUCGCCGUGAUUUUUUAUAUGACAAAGCCAUGAAAGGCUUCAGGCUGCCUAAGUUGAAGACAGCGGGAUGGCGUGAAAUAGCUAACGAAGUUGGAGGCACUGAACAGGAAUGCAUGCGUAGUUGGGCAAGCCUACGAGACAGGUUUGGAAAGGAGUUGCGGCGCUUAGAAGCACCGUCUGGCAGCGGGGCCCCCAAAAUAGAGCCGUGGCCUCUCAUAGACAGUAUGAUGUUUCUGAGAGAACACGUUAAACCUCGAAGGCAUAUAUUUUGGUUUAAAAAAGUAUUCUAAAAAUAACUAACUUUUGAAAACGUUUUCAGAACUCGGACUAGUAGUAACAUACUUGAAUUUUGCAAUGACGAUGAUGGGAAAGAUAUGUCCACAGAUACUGUGGAUACCACUCCCGCAAAACACUCUAAAAGGCAAAAUAAGGCCACUGAUGCUCAAGAGCAUUUAAAAGAAGCUGUCGGCGUAAUGAAAGAGUUAGUGGCAAGCCGCAAACCCUCAGGAGAGGCAGACGACGAUGAAGACCUGCAUCACAUCCUUAAAGCGGUGGAAGCCAAAGUGAAGCGAAUACCGAUAAAGGCCGUAAAAAAGAAGGCGGUAUAUGAUGUUCUAAAUUACUGCAAUGCCAUGGAGACUAUGUGGAGGGCAUAGCACCCAAUCCUCCUCACUUUAAUUAGGACGCAAGACUGUCGAAGUCUAUUUUCACUGGCAAUCAAAAGUGAGUGCAUGGUG